CUGUAUUCUUGAGAGGGUAUUUCGUUUUUUCAAGGUCGCGCCCUAUUUCUAUUGCUCACUGAUUUACUCAACGCAGUGUACAGAUGAUGGUGCAGUUUCUAGUAAUUGUACACCAUAUCGGUCAAAUGAGCACUUCAGGUCGAAAUUGUUUACAAUGUCAAAUGAAACUAAAAAGGCUGAAGUGCCACCUUCUAUGAAGUUUGUAUUAGGUGGAACUGCUGGAAUGUGCGCUUCUGUGUGUGUUCAACCGUUAGAUUUGGUCAAAAAUCGAAUGCAAAUGAGCGGUGUUGGAGGAGGUGCUAGUGCUGGUCAACGCAACAGCUUUCAGGUUCUUUUAUCAGUUAUACGCAAUGAAGGAUUUUUUGCAAUAUAUUCAGGCUUAUCUGCUGGUCUACUACGUCAAGCCACCUAUUCAACUGCGCGUCUGGGUAUAUACACAAAUUUAUUUGAACAGUAUUCAAAACUUAAGCAUGAAUCGCCUAACUUUUUCAUGAAAAUUGGUAUAGCUGUUUCUGCUGGAGUAUGCGGUGCAUUCAUUGGUACACCGGCUGAGAUCUGUUUAAUUCGAAUGACAUCAGAUGGCAGAUUACCACCAGCAGAACGUCGAAAUUAUUCCAAUGUGUUCAAUGCUUUGAUACGGAUCACUCGUGAAGAAGGUUUACUUACAUUAUGGCGGGGUGCAAUUCCUACAAUGGGACGAGCAGCUGUAGUUAAUGGUGCACAGCUAGCCACUUAUUCUCAGGCUAAACAGAAAAUUCUAGAAACCGGUUAUUUAACUGAUGGAUUAGGUGUACAUACACUGGCUAGUCUAUUAAGCGGUUUUACCACAUCUGUAUUCUCUUUGCCUAUUGAUAUUGCAAAGACAAGAAUUCAGAAUAUGAAAAUUAUCGAUGGAAAACCGGAAUAUAAAAAUAUGGGGGAUGUUAUUUUACGUGUAAUACGCAAUGAAGGUUUUCUAUCCUUAUGGAAAGGUUUUACACCAUAUUUCCUGCGUAUUGGACCACAUACUGUGUUGACAUUCAUUUUCUUAGAACAAUUCAACAAUGCGUAUAUUAGAAAUGUACUAGGCGAUAAAAGUGGUCAACGAGCUGGUGGACUUUAACUUUGUUGAAAAAGUCACUUACUCCUCUCAUCGUCACGUUUUCACUUUGCCACUUUAUUUUGGCAUUUAUAAUUAUUUGGAAUAUAUACUAAUGUAUGUAUACUAGUUGUGGUGCAUUCCCUACUUUAUUUUGUUGUCUCCUCCUUAAAAUGCCUUAAAAUUAAAACACCCGCCUCCGGCCCUCAGUGUUUAUACUUAAACAAGUAUUUUGUUACGUUAUCAUUUGUGUUUUUUUGUUGAAUGUUCAAUGUGAGUGAGUGCUUUUUCAAUGUGUUGUCUUCUUUUUUAUAUUUUAAUUCUUUUUCCAAUGUUACCGAUGAUGAUGUUGAUGACGAUGAUUUUUGAAUUUGUUUGUUUCUUUGUUUUACUUUCUGACAAAAUGUGUUAUUGUUUCUUUCGAAUGCAUGUAUACAUCCUUAAAUUUCACUGAGGACAAUGAUGACAAUUCGAAAUCUGUUUGUUUUAUUUCAUUCGACAUUAUUUUUGUUAGCUUAUAUCUAUCUUAUUUUCCCCUCAAAGGUGUUUGUAGAAUAUUUAUUAAUUGAUAGCUAGACUGACUGACUGACUGACUAAAUAACUAACUAACUAACUAGGUGAUAUAGCUGUGAUGAUUACAGUGAUCUGGUUAGCCGCUGUCUGCUGACUGGUAGACCGUGAGACUAGUCAAUACUUCGAUGGUGGUUGAUUCGGAUCCUGUCGGAAGAUCUCAUCUUUAUGGUAUGACAUGAACAAUGAAUUACUUGUUGUUUUUCUUUUCUAUGAAUGCAUUGUGUUAACAAACAAAACGAAAAUAUUGUUUUUUGAAGUUAAUUCAAUAUGUACAAUGGUUAUUUGUUUAUUUAUUUUUUUAAAAAUUUCGUCUAUUUGUUUUAUUUACAUCGACGAGGUUUAUUCUAAUUGUUUCCUUUUUGAAUUUUCUGUAUUUCACCUAUUUUCUUCUCUUUUUGUGUGAUGACGAC